AUUGAACACGACAUUAAAUAAUGCAAACCCCUGAAUAAAUCAAAGUGGAAUCGAAAACUUGGAAAACCAUCUAUCCUCCCUAUAUUGACUCAACAUUAACUACUGCAUAAGGUAGAGUUAUGAAAUCUACAAUCUAGGCAGAAGAUUAGGAAAAACUAAUUGUGUUCCAUAUCCCUAAUUGAUGGAGAUAUCUUAAUGUCUAAGUUCACUUGGACUCAGACAUGUGAUCGAUGUACUCAAUUCAUUUAAUUAAGUAACAUGCAGGAUUUCCUCGGGAUAUCUUCAAGUAAGGUAGAAUUAAGGUACGUCUUUAUGCCGAAGAUAAAAAGCCAUAUAAUCCAUAAGUUCAAUGCAGUAUUAUAUUACUAAAUAUCAGAGCAUACUCUAUUGUAAUCCAUUGCAAAACUGAUUAAAUCCAUUCCAAACAGAAAGGUUGAAGUUCCUCCCUAUAUUAAUUAAAUGGAAAUUGAAAAACAGAACAAGCCUGCUCAAAAAAAGUAAACUUCCAAUAAAAAAAAGCAUAAAAAUGGAUGAG